AUGAGAACGCUCCAUCUGUAAACAUGGCGUCCGACUUCAGGUGGAGAUGUGCGGUGCUCCUGCUCUCCACGCUCCUGCUUUGCAUUUUAGCGGCCGAAAGCAAAGAUAAGCCCAAGAAAAAGAAGGAUAUCCGAGACUACAACGAUGCAGACAUGGCGCGGCUGCUGGAACAGUGGGAGGAGGAUGAUGACAUUGAAGAAGGUGACCUCCCAGAGCACAAGAGGUCUCCUCCCCCCAUCGAUUUCUCCAAAGUGGACGCCUCCAAGCCAGAGGAGCUGCUCAAGAUGUCCAAGAAGGGCAGGACUCUGAUGGUGUUUGCUACAGUGUCAGGAGAUCCCACAGAGAAAGAGACGGAGGAGAUCACAGGCCUGUGGCAGGGCAGCCUCUUCAACGCCAACUAUGAUAUUCAGAGGUUCGUGGUGGGCUCCAACAGGGUGAUCUUCAUGCUGCGGGAUGGCAGCAUGGCCUGGGAGGUCAAAGAUUUCCUCGUGUCACAGGACCGCUGCGUGGAAGUCACUGUAGAGGGACAGGUGUUCCCCGGGAAGGCUGCCAAGAAGGACGACGCCAAACACAAGCAGCAGAAUGAAGUCAACUCCAAGAAGAAGAGCAAGAAGAAGAGUGAGGGCAAGAAGCCCGACGUGGAAGGGAACAGUGCCAGCCAUCUGAAACAGGAGCUGUGAUGGAGUGAUGCUGAGGGAGAGGAGGAACAGCAGGUCCCCUUUCUUAAACGUGUUAAUGUAACAGCCAGUCUGUGAGCAGUGAACUCAUGAGGGCCUGCAGGACCAUAUGAAGGUCCACUGGUUCAGAGUCAGUUAGUGGCAUGAGAAAACUCAUUAAUUGUGUUGAGUACACUCACGUCAGCUGCUGAUAUACGAUCUUCUCUCUGCCUCGCCCUCACUGGAACAUGUUUCACUUUGUCACAGAGUGAGAACAAGCUCUUCAAAUCAGUCGUAAAGUCUGGUUUCUUUAGUUAUGUUCUCUUGUUUGAUUAUCACCCAAUGAAAAAGAUAUGUGCACACAUUGUUUGACUGGUACUCAAAGUAAAAAUGAUUAACAUUUCUCUUCUUUUCUGUUUUUCUGGAACAAACAUGGAGUCUGUGUACCGAGCACGUCAUGAUUUGGUUCAAAAGCAGCACCCACGUUUUCUGUCUGAUUUUUUACUGAACAUAGAAAUAAACUUUUGUAUAUAAUUGAGUGA